UCGGCGUUGCUAGUAAACUACCACACGCGCGCGCUUAUGACGUCUUCCCUAACAACAAGGACAGCGUCUUAGCAACCAGCUCUAACAGCAGAAACUAACCUGCAUUUGUUUUAUGCUGAAGAAGUGACGCACGGAGCCAAACUCACAGACUCCUGAUGGAUGAGACGGUGAAGCCUCUGAGGAUUCCUCUUCAGAUGUCCGUCUACGCCGACAAACACAACAUCCUCCACCUGGUUCAGGACAUGGUGUCCAGUCUGGUGAUCGAUCAGCCUGAAGAUCCGAUCUCCUACCUGAUCAGCCUGCUGCAGAGGAGCAGCGUGGACGGUCCCCGGGUCGUGCUGCUCGGUCCUCCUGCUGUUGGGAAACACACAGUGGCCAAAAAGCUGAGCGCAGAGCUGAGAGCCGUCCAUGUGACUCUGGACAGUUUACUGCAGAACCAAUCAGAGCUGAGCGCACAAGCACGCCAAUACACACUCACAGAGCAGGAGCUUCCUGAUGAGCUGCUGGUCCGACUGAUCCAAAUGAGACUGAAGGAGGUCGACUGCUUCAACAGGGGCUGGGUGUUGGAGGGAAUCCCUCAGACUCGUCUGCAGGCUCUGAGUCUGCAGCAGGUCGGAGUUAUACCCGAACAUGUUGUGAUGUUGGAUGCUCCUGAUGACGUGUUGUUGGAGAGGAGUCAGGGGAAGCUGGUCGACCCGCUGACAGGAGACGUGUACCAUCAGACCUUCAUCUGGCCCGCGGACAACACUGUGGCUGAGCGUCUGGAGAAGAGGCAGGGUCUGUCAGAGAGGCAGCGAUUGGCUGAGCUGCAGCGUUAUCGCUGUGAGGUCACAGGGUUAAGCUCCGCCUACAAACACGUCCUGAAGGAGAUCAGUGGCGACCAACCACCAACCGACAUCUACCAACAAGUACUGGCGUUCGUCCGGACUCGUUAUCGCUCCAGAACUCCCAGAAUCCUCCUCUUGGGUCCACCAGGGUCGGGGAAGAGUCUUCAAGCCAGACUGCUGUCAGAGAAAUACAAGAUGGUGGAUGUGUGUUGUGGUCAGCUACUGAGGUCUGUAGCAGCUGAUGGUUCAGUUCUGGGAGAAGAGAUUCACCCGUACCUGGAUGAUGGACGCCCAGUUCCAGACUCCCUGGUGCUGCAGGUUCUGCAGGAACGUCUGAGCCAAGUGGACUGCAGCUGCAGAGGCUGGAUCCUGCACGGCUUCCCCUGCGACCUGCAGCAAGCCAAGAGCCUGCAGGAGUCCCAGCACCAGCCCAACAGAGUUUUCUUCCUGGAGAUGACGGAUGAUGUUUGUUUGGAGAGAAUCAGUCUCAGAGCGACAGAUCCGGUCAGUGGAGAGAGGUUCCACGCCGUGACCCGACCGGCUCCGAGCUCCGACGUCCAGAACAGGCUGAAGAUCAGACCUGAGGACGACACGCACACUGUAACACACACACUGAGACAGUACAGGACACACACAGCUGUCCUGCAGUCUCUGUAUCCAGAUGCGGUUCACAUCAAUGCUGAUCAGGAUCCUCACUCUGUGUUUGAGGCUCUGGAGAGCAGACUGACAGCUGACUGACAGGAAGACUCACCUGGACUCACCUGGACUCACCUGGACUCACCUGGAGGAAGAGAAGACGCGGAGCAGAGCGACUCGUCUACUUAUUCAUGUUUUUAAUGUUCUUGGUUUUGUUGUGAAGAAAUAAAAAGGUUUGUUUGUCUUUUCUGA